CAAACCCACAAAUACUAGCCUAUCCCCUAACCCAAAGAAUUCACAAACAAUCCACAUGGCAAGCAUUCUCCACCCUUCAUCCUUGCUUUCCUCCUCUUCCACUUCCUCUGCCACCACAACCACCACAAAACCACCAGUUCCACCACCCUUUUCCAGACCCCAAGCCACCUUAUCACCACCUUCUAAACCACUUUUAACUAAACUAACCACCACUCUAACAGCCACAGCAUUAGCCACCACAAUACUAACAACCACUCCCCCUUCUCUUGCAGAUUCUCCCACAACAUACAACAUUUACUAUGGCACAGCUGCUAGUGCCGCCAACUAUGGCGGCUACGGUGGAAACUCCGAUAAAAAAGCGUCGGCGGAGUACAUUUACGACGUCCCGGAUGGAUGGAAAGAGAGGUUGGUGUCAAAAGUUGAGAAGGGAACAAAUGGGACAGACAGUGAGUUUUAUAAUCCAAAGAAGAAGUCUGAGAAAGAGUACCUUACUUUUCUUGCAGGGUUUAGGCAGUUAGCACCUAAAGAUGUAAUCUUGAAUAACUUGGCUUUAUCUGAUGUGAAUUUGCAAGACUUAAUUGCUAAUGCUGAUGGUGUUACAUCAGUAGAGAGGAAAGAUGAGAAUGGGCAGUUGUAUUAUGAUUAUGAGAUUGAUGGAGUUUCUGGUCAUAGCUUGAUUUCUGUUACUUGUACUAAGAACAAACUGUAUGCUCAUUUUGUCAUUUCGCCAGCGCCAGAAUGGAAGAAGGAUGAAAAUACCUUGAGGCACAUUCAUCAGUCUUUUAAAACUGUUGGGUAAUAUAGGAUUAGUUUGUUGCACUAUGUACUUGAAUUUGACAUUUUGUCUAUAGAGGAAGAGUUUGGAAUGUUUAUUAAGUGGAGAAAACCAAAAACCAAUGAAGAGAUUUUCAUGUUCAUAGCU